AAGGGGGGCGGCGGGGGCGCGCAGGCGCAGCGGGGCUGCCGCGGCUUACACCGGGAGCGGCGGUCGGGGCCGGGUUUGGCCGGGCGCGCUGACGGGAUGGACGAGGACGUGUUGACUACCCUGAAGAUCCUCAUCAUCGGCGAGAGCGGCGUCGGCAAGUCGAGCCUUCUGCUGCGAUUCACAGAUGAUACAUUUGACCCAGAACUUGCAGCAACCAUUGGUGUAGACUUCAAGGUGAAAACCAUUUCAGUUGAUGGAAACAAGGCUAAACUGGCAAUAUGGGAUACUGCAGGUCAGGAGCGGUUCAGAACAUUAACACCCAGCUACUACAGAGGUGCACAAGGUGUUAUCCUAGUUUAUGAUGUCACAAGGAGAGAUACAUUUGUCAAGCUGGACAACUGGUUAAAUGAACUGGAAACGUACUGCACAAGGAAUGACAUAGUGAAAAUGCUGGUUGGAAACAAGAUUGAUAAGGAAAACCGUGAAGUUGACAGAAAUGAAGGGCUUAAAUUCGCAAGAAAACAUUCCAUGUUGUUCAUAGAGGCAAGUGCGAAAACGUGUGAUGGUGUACAGUGUGCCUUUGAAGAACUGGUUGAAAAAAUCAUUCAGACCCCUGGACUGUGGGAGAGUGAGAGCCAAAACAGAGGUGUAAAGUUAUCAAACAAGGAAGAAGGAUACGGAGGAGGAGGAGCAUGUGGUGGAUAUUGUUCUGUGUUAUAAACUUUGGGAAGCUUAUUCUUUGCCUAUUUAAACAGCUAGUGACAUCUUUCUGUACAUAAAUCCAUUAAAUGCUAUUUUUAGGGACCUUGCAGUUUGCACAUAUUUGUUUUGUAUCAUGGCAGUGAACACUUGUAGGAAAAAAAAUGUUCUGCAGCUUCCCCAGUUUGAAAGUGUUAUGGUAAGCAUGCCCAAACUACAAUCUUCAGGUUUUUAUAAGUAGCAAAAAUAAUGUGCAAGAACAAAUGCACUAAAGAUUUUAUGACUCUGUACAUUUAUCAUGUAACUAUCCUAAACAAAUCCAUCUAACAGAAACACAUUACUGAACUGUCUGCUCUUUUAUUUUUAAAUAGUCUUGAAAUGAUAGAACUAUAAAUGUGCACACACCUUGAAAGCAGUGUGAACUAUAAAUAUUAUGUUUCAUCUCUUCUAGUAAAUGCUUUUUCAUGUUAUUAAAACCAGCAAGGUUCUACAGUUCUCAGGCAAAUAUGCUGAGUUUUUGUCUUUCAGCAGAGCUGUCUGAAAUAGAUUGGCUCAGGCCAUAGUUGGUAUCAGCACCUUUUUAAAGCAUCUGCUCUGAAAGUUUCCUUUGCAAAGCUGUGGGAUGCCCUUUUUUUUUUUCCUUUUUAAUCAUCACUUCAGUUGAGGGCUUACCUGAAGUUUUAACCCUGUGAUAUUUAUAUACUAAAUUUGUGGUACUCUUGCACUCUAGGUUUUUAUGAUGCAGUCUACUCUAGACUUGCUGUACAAAGUCUUCAUUAUUGGCAAGGGGUCAGAAUGACAUCUUUGUUCUUUCAUUGUGAAUCAAUUUGCCACACUACGGUACCAAUGUUUGUAAUAUAACUCUUAAGUGUAGCUCACUGUGGCUGUGAGGAUCUCUAUCACACCUCUGCUUUGUGCGGCUACUUGUUAGAAAUAAACCUUCCUGUCACAGACACUAAGUAGAAGCUGUAGGGCUUCUUGAUCUCUGUGUGGAAAAAUAACUAUUGCAAUGAUUAUUCACUUGAAUUUACUGUAUGAAAGCCAAUGGUUUGUUUCAGAAGACUUGUAUAGACUAAUAAAUUCUUUUUCCACAGCGUUCAA